AUGUCAGUGAAGAAAUCGACGACCUCUAUUUACCUACUUGAACUUGAAGGUGAUGGAUCACUUAGCAAAAGAAAGCAGUUUAUACGGCUACCUCCACCUACAAAGCCUUAUAUUCUUCGCUUUAGUAUUCGUGCUGAUUCUCUUAUUUCAAAAGAAGGGGUUUUAUAUACCAACCAUCCCUUAGAUGAUGCAGAAUUCGAUAGGAACAAAUUUUAUCCAAGGAAGUUUCCAAAAUUAUUUUCGAAACCUCUUCAUGUUGAUAUUACAAUCAAGAGAUCAGGCGCAUUCGAAUUCUAUGCUGAAUAUAAGGAAUCACAAACAAAUUCAAAAAACUUCGAUGAAACUGUAAAAACAUCAAAAAGAUGUUAUUUUACGGUUGAUCCGAUACUUGAAAUGGUUCCUCGAUACAGGAUAUUAUCAUCGGAACCAAUAUCAUAUGAGUCCAGAAUCACAAUUCCUCUUGAUGGUAUUGUCAUUCAAUCCGUCCUACCUAAAUUACUUGGUCCUUUUUCUCAAUGGGACGAACACAUCAAGAAUAUUUCUGAUCUUGGUUAUAAUAUGAUCCACUUUUUACCUAUGCAAUCUCGUGGCAUUUCUAACUCUCCAUAUUCUAUAUUUGAUCAGUUGGCCUUCUCAGAUGAUUUGUUUGAAGAAAAAGAUCGUGUAAAAAGUUUAUCAGAAAAAAUUGAAAUCGUAAAAAAAACUGUAAACAAGAUUGAUGAAGAAUAUGGAAUCUUAAGUUUAACUGAUAUAGUUUGGAAUCACACUGCAUGUAAUAGUGAAUGGCUUCAAGAUCACCCAGAGGCUGGUUAUAAUUUAGUAAAUUCUCCACAUCUUAUUCCUGCUUACGAGUUAGAUACUGCAUUGUUAGAAUAUUCCGAAAAUAUUUCUUCACUUGGUUAUAAGGCUCACGUCCAAUCUGAAGAAGAUUUGAAAGCAAUUAUUGAGGGUGUUAAACAACAUGUUAUUGAUAAAAUACGUUUAUGGGAAUUCUAUGUUAUUGAUGUCAAAGAAGCAUUAAGUGAAUUUCAAGCAGCAUUAGAUAAGAAUGCAUCAGUUGACAAGUCUUUAUUUGAAAAUAUUGACAUUGCUGCACUUUCAUUUAAAGAACAGGCCAACUUAUUAGUCGAUAAAGGGUUAUAUAAUAAAGGCACUUUUGGCCAGCGUUUCUACAAAAAAAUAAAUAUUGACAUUGCUCUUGCUUUUAUUGAGAGGUUGAUUGAGACUGAAGCAAAAUACAAAAGUGUGAAUAAUGAUUCUAAUGUAUCAAUUGAAGAUUCAUCUCCGAAGGAACAAUUAGAUACGGAUAAAUUGGAAAAUACCAAAGAUAAGCAUGACUCGGAACCUAAAUAUACUCUAGAAUCUAUUUCUUCGAAAAAUACCCUUAUCAAAAAAAGUAAUGAAUUGAAUAAAUUAGAUGACAAGAGCAAGGUUAAAGAAACUUCUGAAAAAGUUGACAAUAUAAAACCUAUAGAAGUAAAUGAGGUAAAACCGGAGGAGGCAAUAAAUGAAAAGUCAAUACAUGAAAUUAUGCUGGAAAAAUUCAAAGCAAUUAUCAACGAAGUAAACUUGCCAUUUUAUAAAUUAUAUGACGAUGAGGUUGUCAUAAUUCUUGAAAAUUUGUGGAAUCGUGCCAAAUAUUUGAAACUUGAUCCUCAUGGACCCAAUCAAAAAGAAAUAACUCGACGUGUUCCUCUCGUUGAGCAGUAUUUUACUCGUAUUCCACUUAAUGAAAAAACGCAAAAGCAUCCAAAAGGAUCUUUGGCUGUUGUAAAUAAUGGUUGGAUUUGGAAUGCAACUCCCUUGCAGGAUUUUGCAAGUAAAGAAUCGUUUUCUUAUUUACGAAGAGAGGUGGUCGUUUGGGGUGAUUGUGUGAAGUUAAGAUAUGGUAAAAGCAGGGAUGAUUCGCCUUGGCUUUGGGAUCAUAUGACAAAAUAUACUGUGCAGCUUGCAUCGCUUUUCCAUGGGUUCCGUAUUGACAAUUGUCAUUCCACUCCACUUCAUGUCGGACAACAUCUUCUCGAUGCCGCCCGUCGCGUCCGACCGAACCUUUAUGUUGUCGCAGAAUUAUUUACCGGUUCGGAGGAAAUGGAUAUAAAAUUUGUGAAUAAUCUGGGCAUUAACUCUCUCAUUAGAGAGGCCAUGCAAGCUUGGGAUUCGCAUGAGUUAAGUAGAUUAGUUCAUCGUCAUGGUGGAAAACCUGUUGGGUCUAUAGAUGAUGCAUGUCUCUCAGACACAUCAACUUAUACAGAUGCUAAUGAAUAUUCAGAAACGCCCUGUUCCAUUGUUCCCUUGACAGGAUCCAACCCGCACGCACUUUUCAUGGAUUGUACUCACGAUAAUGAAACACCUCAUCAAAAGAGAACUGCAGAAGACUCUUUAUCAAAUGGUGCUCUUGUUGCCAUGAGUUCUUGUGCUAUUGGAAGCGUCAAAGGAUAUGAUGAAAUUUAUCCAAAGACGGUUGAUUUGGUAAACGAAACUAGACCAUAUAAAUUAUAUGAGAAACCUCUCGAAAUUGUUAAAAAAGUAAUGCAGCAUUUGCAUGUUGAAAUGUCAUUGGAUGGACAUAUAGAAACCCAUGUACACCACGAAAAUGAUUCCAUUAUAGUUCAUCGCGUGAAUCCACACAACAAUAAUGGGUAUUUAUUGGUUGCUCAUUGUGCUUUCUCUGGCCAUAUAAAAAGCGGUUAUAAUCUUACUCCUACCAAGUUAAGAGGUACGAAGGCCGAAGUACUCUUUUCUACAUGCUUGGAAGUCCAAUCCAAAGAAUUUAUUCGUGAUGAAAAAUAUCUGACUGGGCUUCCGGCAUCACUUAAGCCACUUAACGCUCCUAUAUUACGCGAAUCAUCUGAUGAGCACGGAAAAUAUACUGAAGUUACGCUUCCGAAAGAAUUUCCUUCUGGCAGUAUCACUCUUCUUAAAACGAAGGUGGAUAAACAUAAUUCCCUAGAUGAAAUGCUUAUAUCAGGUGUUGACGAAGUUUUUAAAGAGUUAAACUUGGUCGAUUUGAAUAUAGUAUUAUAUCGAUGUGGUAGUGAAGAAAACGAUGUUAUACCUGGUCACGGCACAUAUAACAUACCUGGCUAUGGUGAUCUACCAUAUUGUGGUUUAGAAGGAUUUAUGUCGGUUUUACGCCCAAUAAUGAAAGAAAAUGACUUGGGUCAUUCGUUUUGUGCUAACUUACGUGAAGGCCAUUGGGCUUUAGACUAUGUUGUGAACCGUCUUGUUAGCUAUUUAAAGUACGCACCAAACCUAAAAGGACUAUGCGAUUGGUAUCAAGAAAGAUUUGCAAUUGUAAAGACAGUACCGGGUUUUUUAGUUCCAAAAUUUUUUUCUUUGGUUAUAAAGACAGCACAUUCUGCAGCAAUUAAACGAGUUAUGUCGCAGUUAUCACCCUGCGCGUACGAAGGAAGUUUAUUUAUCCAAUCACUUGCUUUGUGUUCAGUGCAAAUGUAUGGAAUAGUUUUGUCUACUGGAUUGCACCCCACAGAAAUUGGUCCAUCGAUGGCCGCAGGGUUGCCACAUUUUGCUACCGCCCACAUGAGAUGUUGGGGACGUGAUGUUUUUAUUUCAUUGCGUGGUCUAUUCCUUACUACGGGUAAUUUUGAAGCUGCUAAAAAACAUAUAAUUGGAUUUAGUAGUGUACUUAAACAUGGAAUGAUUCCAAAUUUAUUGGAUGCUGCACGUCGACCACGUUAUAAUUGUCGUGAUGCAGCAUGGUGGUUUUUGCAAUCCGUACAAGAUUAUUGUAAAUUCUCUCCGGAAGGUUUAGAUUUUCUUAAGACACCUGUUACACGACGAUUCCCUAAAAACGAUGAAUUUAUUGAAGUGGAUGAUCCUCGGUCCUAUAAAUACGAAGUUACUAUUCUUGAAAUUAUUCAAGAAAUUAUGGAACGACAUGCUUGUGGAAUUCAUUUCAAAGAAUGGAAUGCAGGUCCCAACCUUGACCAUGCUAUGACUGAUAAAGGAUUCCAAAUUGAUAUUGAUGUUGAUUGGGAAACUGGCUUUUUAAAUGGUGGAAACCAAUGGAAUUGUGGUACUUGGAUGGAUAAGAUGGGAGAAUCAGAUAAAGCCGGAAAUAAAGGUCGACCAGCUACACCAAGAGAUGGAGCAGCAGUUGAAAUUAUUGGGCUAUUAAAAUCUACUUUGCGAUGGAUAACAGAAUUAAAUAAAACUGGUCAUUAUCCAUGGAAUGGUGUUGAGCUUAAAGAAUGUCCUACGAAGAAAUUUGUUACAUUUGCCGAAUGGAAUGAUUUAAUCCAACAAUCGUUUGAAAAACAUUUCUAUAUUCCUACCGACCCAAAUGAAGAUUCAAAAUACAAAUUGAAUUCCCAAUUGGUUAACCGUAGAGGUAUAUAUAAGGAUUUAUGCAAUUCUUCUGGAGAAUUUCAAGAUUAUCAAUUGAGACCAAAUUUUCCGGUUGCUAUGGUUGUGGCGCCAGAACUAUUUGAUGAGCAUCAUGCACUUCAAGCAUUGAAUAUUGCACGCGAGGUAUUAGCUGGACCAUUAGGAAUGCGUACACUUGAUCCAAGUGAUUUGGCAUAUCGAGGCGUUUAUGAUAACAGCAAUGAUGGCAUUGACCCAUCUAUUGCUAAGGGAUGGAAUUAUCAUCAGGGCCCU